AUGGCUAAACCUUUUCUCCAAAACCUUAUGGGACAACAAUUAGAGGGAAUAUGGCAUACUUCAAUAGUGGUUUAUGGAUUAGAAUACUAUUUUGGUUAUGGAAUAUUAUUUGAAUUACCUGGACAAACACAUCAUGGAAUUCCUCUAGAAAUUAUUGAUAUGGGAGAAACAGAAGUUCCUCAAGAAAUUUUUGAAGAAUAUAUUGAUGAAAUAAGAGAAUAUUAUACAGGUGAAAAGUAUCACCUGAUAGAUAGGAAUUGUAAUACCUUUACAAAAGAAGUGUGCGAAUUUUUAGUGGGAAAACCUAUUCCUUCUCAUAUUACUGAUCUUCCAGAAGAAUUCUUUAGAACACCUUUUGGGCAACAACUUCUUCCAAUAAUUGAAUCAAUGUUUGGUCCAAGUAGUCAAUUAGGUUCUCGUCAAUCAGGUUUAAGUAAUCAAUUAGAUCCAAGUGGUCAAUUAGAUUCAAGUGAUCAAUUAGAUCCAAAUCGUCAAUUAGAUCCAAAUCGUCAAUUAUGA